AUUCAACCUUCACUUGUGGCGGCUUUUCAGAGUUAUUGAGAAGGCAUUUAUGUCUCGCGAUGUUGCUCGUGCUUUGGUUGGUUGUAUUUGCCGUUGAAACAUCAUAUGGUGCGUCCACAAUAGAACAGUACUUGCAAUUCAUCCCUGUUAGUGGAGUUAGACAUGACAUCUUUUUCUAUGAACAUCCUGGUCUGCGAAAUCCCAUUGAAAUAGAUGCCACUAUUAAACAGCAAGUUCGCAUCAGGAUUGUCGAACAUCUGAACGAGCUUCCUGUGUUAAGAAUUCAUUGUGUUGUUGCUCCCCUCGAUUCGACUCAUGAACUCGUCUCUGCUUACCUAUGUCGCAGGAAGUCUACGCACGAUUCGGAUGAAUGCAUUGAUCCUAAAACAAGAAAUGUUAUUUUCGGCCGGGUUGAGUUUAGCGCUAAUGGCAAUAGAUCUUCAGGCUACACGUUUUCUUCUAGGCUACCUGUUAAAGAUGAACUACUUGACGGCUUUUACUUCUGCAAGUAUCAUAACCGGAAUGGAGAGCUAAUUUCAAAUUUCAUUGAAAUACAGGAUGCGUAUUACUAUCACAAACGUAUGGUUAGACGACCUGUAAAGCAAACUGAAUAUUUACCUCCUUUAUCUAUCAAUGAUCUUCCCUUGAGUCUGGAAUGCGGACAAACUCAAGUAUCUGAAGAGUUGCCAAGUUGGGCUGAUGCAGCAUUCCCCAGUCCGUUUAUGUGGUCAUUUUGUGAUGUAGACAGCCCUGAUGGUAUACAGUCUGCUGGGUGCAUGCGUAGAGUUCGUCAAACAUCUACUCAUGUUACAAAUUAUUUUGAAAGUUAUGUCUCUCCGAACGGUACUUUGGUGUUAUACAAGCGCACAACGUCAGCAUGGAAAGAUAUGGGUUUGGUGUGCUGGAGCCACUUGGACUCCUCAGCUGUUUAUUCUACCUAUUUUGGUGGUUCAAGUGAGCGGCCUAAGUUGUUGACUUAUGACUCCAAUAUACCAUUCGUUGGUAGUGGAAUUACUGUAUUAUCACCCCUCACACAAAGGAUUACUGUUCGAAUUGGACCACGAACUGGUCUCAAGUUAGUCACUAAGUAUCGAUCUACUCCAGAGUACACGACUGUUAAAUGGACCAAAGACGGAAGAAGAAUUCCACCUGAUUUUCCAGGACACAGUGAUUAUCUCUUGAAGUUUCCUGAUCUCAUUCGCCGAGAGCACUCUGGGACUUACAAUUUACUUGUGGACAAUGGGAAUGAUCAAGUUAAUUUUCAGUUCAUAGUGAGUGUAGUCGGUCCACCUGAAGUGAUACAUGCUCCUCCACCUUUACUUUUAGUGAUGGAGGGAGAAAAUGUUACAUUUAGCUGUCAGUUGGAUUCGUUUAUAACGGAGUCUUUAGAAAUCAAUGGCCUACCGUACCAACCGAAUCCUACUAAUUUUCGUACUGAACUAAGAGAUCAAUAUCCGUACUUAAAAGAUGCUUUAAUACAACCAUUGCAAAAAAAUGGUCAUAUUUUAACUUAUUCAGCCUAUAAUUUGCUGUUUACACCUGGUAGUAAAGUUGGACCGACUCAUACUGUCAGCUUGGUUGGGAAAAAUGAAUAUGGCUUGGCUCGAGUAUCCACUCUUGUCAGAGUACUACCCCGAAUAAACAUCUUGAAGGCUCCAAAAGAUUACUCAUGUACUACCGAUUGCUUAAACACUAUUUCACAUGCAUUCGACUGCGUUAUCGAUACGGAUCCUUAUCAGUCUACUUACUUUGUACAAACAUGGGAAUUAAAUGGCAUUCCUGUGUCGAAAAUGACAAAAGAUUAUCAACAGUCAAAAUUUAUUAAAACAGAAGGCACAAAGUUGAUAAUCACACCCGUUGAUGAUCCAUCCUUAACUGUAUUGUUCCGAAAAGUGAAUGUGACAUGCCGUUGGCGUAUCUUUUAUCCGCAUGUGACUUCUCGUAUUGCAGAUCUCGAUACAAGACUUUUGGAACCGAAUAUGAAGGUGUAUGAUUCUCAUGAGGAUGCAAAAAUCCGUCCACUUAUGACAGCAGCGUUGGAUCUACAAGUGGAUCAUGACCCAACUCCGGCAUCAGCUAACAUAUCUUGGAUAACAGCUGUGAUUAUCGGUAUCCUUGUUAUAAUUGCGAUCGGAGUUCUAACUGCUUGUUUGGUCAUGAGAUUCCGUGGAGAAACUUAUAUGCUGGAUCGUGAAGAACGUGCUCUUGGAAAUGAUCCAGAAAAAGAACUACGUGAAAAAGAAGCAUUUCAAACCUAUGAAAGAGCGUAAGUUUCUGUUCAGUUUCAGUAGUACUAAUAAAUUUAGUGGACAUUUUAGUUUUUGCAAACUGCAACGUAUUUCCACGUGUAUGCGUGGUUUUUUAAGAAAACUACCCUGAAAAAUGUCAUUUCUUUCCAUUGAUUAUUGUUUAAAUCAAUUCGAUGCGUCGGUGUUUGACAAAACAUCGGAAUAAAUACAAAGAGCUUUUUUGGUUUUCAUUAAAUUGCAUCCUUUGUGGCACACUGCAGAUGUCAUUCUGCUUCUCAAGUGAUGAGCAUUUUGUAAUUAAAACCGCCGUGAUCUACUUUAUGGCUGUUGUGAAAUAUGGUCUUUGAAGUUAUUUGAAAUGCACAGGCAUCGCGCUUUUGACUACAGAUAUCUUCGAAGCAUUACUCAAAUAUACUGGACUCUCAUUGUGAUUUAUGCUGAAAUUAGACUUCGGGUUCUUUGUAGAAAUGCCAAAACGAUCAAUGAUGUAAAAGUAGCAUGUGGUGGUCGGUAUUCGAUAUAAUCCUUAAACUUCGUAUACAGCUCGUCUUGAUAACCGUUCUAUAUAACGUCCCAACGGUAUAUUAAUCAGAAUGCAAAUACGAAGUGUUGAUUACGUUUAUUGCGAGACCACACACAUAUAUCCAAAUGUACAGAUGCGUUAAACAAGCAUAGAAGAGUUGUGCCGAAAAGCAAGCAAGCGAGCGAGACGAGAGUGUGUGUGUGUUGAAUAUGAAUAACACGGACAUAUAUAUACCUAGUGAAAUGAAUGAGUAAUCGAAUCAAAUAAGCAGUUAGUAGUAAGACUAGCAGAGUGAAUAAAUGCGUAGGCCGUAAGCAAUAUUCAAGCAUACGUAUUUCAUAGAAGCACAAAAUAACAAGGGUGCAAUAAGUUGUUAAAUUGCGGAUGACUUUGUCCGCUAAAUGAGUUAGCAAAAGGGCUUAACUGAGUUAAAUGAGAAUAAACUCAAUUGCACGUGAGUCACUAUAAGCCAUUAAGGUGGUCAUGACAAAUGCAACCCAAGUCCCACUUACAUCUUACGCUGAUGUUAAUUAGUAAAAGAUUAUAUUGUAGGAAUAUUAGAAACAACUAAGUUAGCACAUUGUAUCAGACAAUUAGGUUAUGGACUGUUGAAAUAAGUACUGUUGUUUGUAUUUGAGUUGACCUAAAUCCCACCCUAUCUGUUUUAGUUUGAGGACCUAGAUAGUAUUGAUCCUCCUAACAAACGUUGCUGAUCGCUUACAUAAUUCUACAAGGUUAAUCAAUCUAUUUAUUAUCUUAAAACUCUUUGGAAAAUGCAUUAAAUAAUGGCACCGUGUUUUAUUUUUGAUUCGAAUAAAUUAUUAUCCUUAGUGAACUUUUGAAGUAUAUUUUUUAUUGUGUACUUUCAAAGGUUUGUAAGCAGUCGAUAAAAAUCCAUUUUAAGUAGUUGCGAUGUGGGCAUGUGGUUAGAUAAAUUUUUUCUAACUAAACUUAAUCAGUUAUUUUGUUUUAGAGAAGAACCGCCACUUCGAGGCAGUCGUUGUUCAUUAAAUGAUGACAGUGCUGAAAUUGGCAGUGAUGGAGAUGGUGAACUAGACGAUUAUAAUCUUGAUCCUGGUAAAUUCAAUGAAGAAGGCUCUUUCAUUGGAGAAUAUGCAACAGAGAGACACAAGGGCCCAUCAAAUCGUUUACCAACUCUUGAUCGAAACUACAAUCCAACAGUUUAAAUAAAGUAACACAAUUCUUGCCAAUUUUCCCGUCCCAUUUUUAUUUGUUAAUUUGAUUUUUACCGGAUCGAGUUGGGGAAAUCAGUUCUUGAAAUUAACCAAGUGGUAAACAAGCAGAUUAUUUCUUAACUUUUUCUCUCGCCUGCGAAUCAAAAUAUUCAAUUCAUUCCUCAUUUCCUUUAAAAUUCACAAUUUAAGAGAUCUAUCUCAUUGGAUUAACUUAGUUUGUUUCAUUAUAUGUACUUACUCUUUUUUAUUGUUUAAUGUUUUCCAUCUAGUUUGAAAACGGAGAACGUUCUUUAAUCUUACAUUUUCUUUUUACGAAAAAUAAUUCCCUCUUUUGUUUACUUUCUCCUUCUUCGUUCCUCCUGCCGAAUCUCAUUGUCAUCUCCUUUUUUUGGAUCUGUUUUCUUUUAUCACAUAUUUUGUUUUGAAAAAAAAAAGAUUAAAAAGAGCAAAAGCUUACAUCAUCAGUAUAUUCCAAAAUAACGCAUCAGCUAGUCCUAGGAUUCUUUCGUUUUCUUGUUAAAAAUAUAUGCAUUAUUCUUAUUAAUUUACACAGCUGCUGUUUUAUGAUAAACACAACGAAAAAGGACAAUUUGUAUUUAUUGUUUUGUUUUUUUCCUCCUCAAUUAUACCUAUGUCAUUUGACUGCUGUUAAAAAUGCUUUUAUUUAUUAAAUGAUUUUUCUAUACUGCAGGACUUAUUAUUAAUAUUAAUCAUUGUAAUGUUCAAUUAUUGUAUUAACUAUUUAUGCCUAUGUGUACUGUUUUUAUAAUUGUUUGUCAGUAUUAGUUGUAUUUAAUCGUUUGUCUUUAUUAUUACUUGUCAACUAUAUCUCGACUUUUUUGCAUUACUGUAUUGUAUUAGAUGGAUGCUUCUUUUCUAUGUAUACGUUAUUUGGUUUAAAAAGCGUAUUAAUAUUGACCAUUUGUUGUGUCAGUCUACAUUUUCUUCAUUCUUGUCAUUAUUUAGCCAUUAUAUAUAUAUAAUCUGACAUUUGUUCGAUCUCAUAUGUUAUGUACAUCCACGUUUUGUGUAUGUGCACAUACCAACACUGAUGUAUGCUACAGUGUUUUAUACAUUACCACUACGACUUUUACAUGGACUAUUAUGUUUAAUACGAAAAAGUUACUUAUAUAUAUCACCUUAGUUUAUUUAACAAAUUUCCGCUUUUUUUUUCAACCAAAAUACAAACUUUUGUUUAUUUUUUACAUCCAUUUGUUUUCUGUUUUUAUGCAAAUUGUUAAAUAUUGUCUUUUAACUUUUUGUUGUUAUUUUGUUCUUUAAAGAUUAAAUGAUUAUUAAUGCUUUUUUUGUAUACUAUUGAUGUAUGCUUUUUCAAUAGUUUCUGUAUAACCUAUGUCUAAAUAUGAAAUAUAUAUUUAUAGUUACAGUU